GGAAGAAAAGAUUCUUUCUCUCUCUCUCUCUCUCUCUCUCUCUCUCUCUCUCUCUCUCUCUGUCUCUGAAGAGGAAGAGUUAAGAGUAAUAACUUGUAUUCUUGUAACGCCAAAAAGGGUUGAUGUAGUCUGUCUCUCUCUUUGCUAUAAUCUUCUUAUGCAUGACGUUUAGUUGUUUAAUCUAUUGAAGCUAGAGACAACGUAGAUUCAACCUAGAACGGAGGAGGGAAGCCCUAGAAACUUUCAAAGAUGGGAGAGUCCGGUGAUACUCAUUCUGAAGAGGAGAGAGUCCUUCCAGACAAGAAUAAGAAAAGAAAGGUCAAGACGCCAUCCCAGCUUGAGGCUUUAGAGAAUAUAUAUAGUGAACAUAAAUAUCCCACUGAGUCGAUAAAGGCGCAGCUUGCAGAAGAAAUAGGAUUGUCAGAGAAACAGGUAUCUGGAUGGUUUUGCCACAGAAGGUUGAAGGAUAAAAAAUUAAGAGAGGAAGCAUGUGCCAAUGGAAGACAAGAUCUUUCAAGUGGUGUUAUACAGGAGCAUGGUAGUGCACUUAGGCAGGAUUCAUGCAGCAGCACCAAGCAAGGUGACCAUAGGCAUUUUGACCCAAGGGAAGUGGAAAGUCGAAGGCUCUAUGGCCAGGAUUUUCCAGCAACAGACAUCAAUUACAAGACUAGGGGUCAAAAUAUGCGAACUGGACAUUAUGGUACAGGGGACAAUACAUCUUCGGGAAGUAGCUCAGCUUCACAGGACAGGUUACUUCCUGUUAGAGGGGAUCCAUAUGAUAUUGAACCAUCAAGAUACCAUUCAUGGAAUAGUAACUAUAUCUUGAUGGGGAUGAGGGGUGUGCAGAACAGAGGAUAUAAGUUGGAGUCAGGAUAUUUGAACUUGCAGGAUGAGGUUGAGCAUGCUGCUAUCACGGCUGUUAAGAGACAAUUGGGUAGGCAGUACCAGGAAGAUGGUCCACAGCUUGGUAUUGAAUUUCAGCCUCUUCCUCCUGGUGCAUUUGAGAUACCAGUUAGUGAUACAGUCCAUGAACCAUUUAAUGUCAGUGAUCCCGUUCAACGGGAUUCUCAGAGCAUUCGAAGAACCUCUAUCAAAGAACAUGGUCUUAACAUGAGAUGUGACAGAUACAAUUCCAAGUUGCAUAAUCAAGGUCCAUAUCAAGGAGCCCAACUUAGAAGAAACGUGUGGGAGUCUGAUCCCAGGCCACUGAAACCGAAGUCUUCUGUCACCAAUUGCAGUAAUCAUGCCCCUGCCUGGAAUUCUGCCUUGGAUUUUGAUGAAGAUUCCAUUGGGGAAACCUCUGGUUUUAGCUGCAGGAGGGACCAUGGGAUUAGGUCUAAGCAUGUCAUGGAGGGAAUGAGAUCAAAUUUUGCCACAGAUCAACAUCUUCACCUUUACAGAGAAAAAGUCAUCACAAGUGAAUCAUCAUAUCCUCGGUUGGAUAACUAUGAUAGUGCUAGCCCUCAUUUGUUUCAGAGGAGGGAAUACUUUGAGUCUAAGCCUUCCAAUUUGGAACUUGUAGGCAAUGAAUCUCUUGAUAAUAUAGACAGAGGAAAGUCUAAGAUGCCAAAAUUCCGGGAUGAAAGGGUCUAUGGAGAAAGGAGGACGAGUAAGGAGUAUGGCAAUCAGAUUGCUAGGACAAUCAGACAUGAUGAAUUUUUGCCACGAGACAAUGUAUCGGAAACACCAUCUCCUCGGGCAUUGCUGCCAUGGGCAAACCAGAUAAAAGGGUCUGCUGUGGAGACCCCAACCAGUUUCAGUGAGGAUGAAACCGAGGAAGCUAGUUCUUCCACAGCCAAGGUCAAAUUAUGAAGCUGUUUCACAACCAUGCCAUCUCUAUUCAGACAUUGACGCAUGAAAUUGCAGAGGCUUACCAAGGGAUCCAUCGUUCAGAGAACUCAGAUUUGCUGACUUCGGCAUUUGAUCGGUGGCAGACUUGCUUCUUAGAAUGCUGUAAGGAAUGUUCUUGUACUUUCCUCAUCAUUCACUGUUCUAGGUACUUUUCUAUCUGUUAUUUGAUUGUAACAUAACCAUAACAACUUUGCAUCUUUUGACCAUCCAUCCAGCCCCUGCAUGUUGUAUGGGGACAAGGUCGUAUGUAAUUAUAAUUAAUACUUUUCUCGAUUGGCCAACCUGGAGAUUAAAUUUAGUCCCAGGGUUCACAGUGGACGUUAUUCAUCUUGCCAUCUCAAGCACUUCCUGGUCUAUGAAACAA